AAAAAAUGUUAUUUUUUUCAUUACGUUAUUAGUCUCUUCGCAUAUCUCACUGAUAGAACAAAGAAUUCGCCGCUUCGCUAUUGCCACCGCUUCCUCAUCGCUUCCCACUUCGAGCUCACUGUUCACCGCCGCCGGGGUCUGUAAGCUCUCUCCGGUCGCAACCAUGGGGGAUCCAAACCCUAGCUCCAAAGAAGGAAAAUCCGAUGCUCGAAUUAUACGUUGCCCGCACUGCGCCGGACCCCUCACGAAGGAUAUGGAGACAAGUGAAUGGACUGUACCACCGCUCAUCAGAGACAGCUUUUCUAUGAUAGGAUCCGCGGUUGGUGGCACGGCUGGUGCUUUUUACGGCUUCAACCAUGCCAUGCCGAUUGUUAGGAGGUGGAUUAAAGGGCCAAUGUGGCUGCAUUUUCUUGUUGGUGCCCCACCAGUCAUUAUUUUCUCAUCAGGCUGUGCUGGAUUAGCAGGUGGCUCGAUUCCAGCCUUGGCUCAACUUGCAUCAUCGUCUUAUCAUGCUGUUAUGACAUCAUCGCAGUCAUCAUCACCAUCUUCACCUUCAUCCUCGUAGAAUAUGAUGUUACCAAAGCCAAAAUUGUCUUUUUUUUUUUCUUCAAAUGCUUGAAUGUUAUUCUUUUACUUAAUUCUUGUAAAAUUAUGUUCUCCUUACACUUUCCGCAUUCAUGCAUUUUUUUCAUUUAUUUCUCAGCAUUGUUGUAUUAAUUUGUUGAAUCUAACUCAUUUUUUUUUAUUAACGUAUAACAGAUUUGCGAAUGCUUAUAUUUAA